CCUCUUCAUUGCGCGAGUUGAAGCACUGUCUGUAUCUUGCAUUGUAGCAGUAUUGUAUUGUUCAAAGUUACAAUUCUCACUUCAACCGCCCAUAAUUGAUAAUCAGGGCUCAACGAUCUCUCAAUGACUCGGACGGCCCCAGCCACCAUCCACCAACUAGCCCCAGCCACGAUAAGAGAAGCCACAACAGGCAUAGCGGGUAUCUGCCAGACCAACCCACCAUCUAUCGGUCAGUCACAUCAUCUCACUUCAGCUGCCUUCUUGCUCCCUCUUGCUCCUCUCUGUCUCACUCACUAUCCCUCACCCACUCUCUGACUCCCUCCUCCAAUCCUCAUUAUAUCCUCUUAUGUUUCCCAGAUUCAACGACACAAAAGAUAUCAUGACCAGAAAACUUGUAUACGCUGCCGCCCCAGCUCCAGCUCUAGCUCCAGCUCCAAUGGCAACACAAGCUGCUCUGCCGGCUCGCCCACGAGUCCAAGGCCCAGGAAGCCCAGAGUCAUACGCCGAACCAUUUACCUCGUUCCUGACUGAGAACCCCACCGUAUUCCACACUGUGGACUACUUCACAAAGAAGCUGAUCGAUGCGGGGUAUUCCAAGCUCUCGGAACGCUCGUCUUGGUCAUCGGAGAUUAGGAGGGGAGGCAAAUACUUCCUCGAGAGGAACGGAAGCAGCAUAAUAGCUUUUGCUAUCGGUUCAGACUACAGGAGCGGCGACGGAGUGGCCAUUAUUGCAAGUCACGUCGACGCUCUCACUGCAAGGCUAAAGCCGGUUUCGAAGAAGGACACAAAGGCUGGAUACGAGCAGCUGGGUGUCGCACAGUAUGCGGGUGCGUUGAACUCGACCUGGUGGGACCGUGACCUGGGUGUGGGCGGCAAGAUCCUGGUCAAGAAUCCACAGACUGGGAAGGUAACGCCCAAGCUAGCCAAGCUCGAUUACCCAAUUGCCCGUAUCCCGACUCUUGCACCUCAUUUCGGGUCUGGAAUGACUGGCACCAACAACCGCGAAACCCAAGCUGUCCCGAUCAUUGGUGUUAACAACAGUGAUCUAUUUGGCACAAAGGAAGCGACUGCAUCUAGCACCUUAAACGGGGGAAACUACACCUUUGCGCCGACACAGCCUCCGGCCUUGGUGUCUGCUAUUGCCGCCGCAGCAUCGGUUGACCCGAAGAACAUUGUAAACUGGGAGCUUGAGCUCUUUGACACCCAGCCAGCUCAACUCGGUGGCCUGAACAAGGACUUUAUUUUUGGUGGCCGUAUCGAUGAUAGGCUUUGCUCGUGGUCGGCGAUCGAGGGUUUACUCGCUGCACCGGAGCCGAAGUUUGCUAUCAACCUCGUCGCCCUGUUCGACGAUGAGGAAAUCGGCAGCUUGCUUCGCCAAGGUGCGAAGGGAAACUUCCUACCUGGCACAAUUGAGAGGGUAAGCGAAGUUUUUGCCACAGAGGGCAAGGAGAAGGAUUCCCUCAGCCGUACUUACGCGAACUCGUUCAUGGUGAGUGCGGACGUGACGCACGCCGUCAACCCCAACUUCCUCGGGGAUUACCUCGACCAGCAUGCACCACGCCUGAACAUUGGUGUGGUCGUGUCUGGAGACAGCAACGGACACGUCACGACAGAUGCGGUUAGCACUGCUUUCCUCCAGCGAGUCGCCGAGCUGUCAGAUAGCAAGCUGCAGAUCUUCCAGAUCCGCAACGAUAGCCGCUCAGGUGGCACUGUUGGCCCUAUGCUUUCAUCCGCUAUGGGCGUGAGGGCUAUCGAUGCGGGGAUAGCACAGCUGAGCAUGCACAGCAUUCGCGCAACGACAGGAUCGAAGGAUCCUGGACUCGGAGUUCAGCUGUUCCACGGCUUCUUCAAGCACUUUGAGACGGUGAACAGCGAGUUUGACUUUUAGGGUGCAUCAUAGGGGUUAUUUGACUGAAGAUUUAUACAUGAGAUUAUGGAGCCUGUUGAGCGACGGGUAUGCGGUUCUAGAUUUAGAUGUGCUUGGAGUACCAUAUACAAUCAAUAGUUACCAG